AUGGACCAGUUAGGGGAGUAUUCCGCGUAUGAUAAAGCGCGUCGGCCGUACACCGUCAUCGACACCUACAGCCCCAACGGCACCUGGAUUGAGGAGAAACGCUUCAACCGCAGCAACUAUGCACGUGAAAACAAUGAAGGGAGCGCGCACCGCCGCGUCCUUUACGGAAAUUGGCAAGAGGAAGAAGCCCUAGGGGAGGAAAAGGCGAAGGGAGAGGGGGGAAAGGAAGAGAAACCUCGUGUAAAGGGGGGGUUCAUCUCGAGCCCCCUCAUUACGUGUGAUGCGCGGCAUCCGGAGCUGCGCGUCUUUGAAACGACCUCUCGCAGCGAUUACACAGCCCAAAAUGGCGACAUCCGAUCCCUACGCCGCCCGGAGUUUGGCGUGCGGAAGCAACUACUGCUUAAGCAGGCGCUCUCGACGGCGAUGGAGGAGACAAAGCGAAAGAUGGAAGAAGCCAAUGCUGCCUACGAAGCCGCGAUGCGGGAUACGGAAAGCGGCCGAGGGAAGAUGCCGCUGCCCGUCAUAGAAACGCUUAGGCAGGAUUAUUUAAGCGAUGAACCGAUCACGUUAUACACGGGCAUUCCCGACUCGACGAAGGUGAUGAUGGUGCAUGGGAAGACCCCGGUGGAUCCUAUGAGGGCCUCUCGCUUUGGUAAGCACACAUAUUUUAGCGAUCCCAAAUAUCAUCUGUAG